AUGAACUCGCUUAGCCUUAAUCUUACUUUGCAUUGCGGAAGAGAUCUUCCAAAGGCCGAUUUGUUAUCUUCGAUUGAUGCCUAUGCUGUUGUUAUUGUUCCGAUUAUUGGAGGACAAACCAAAACAUUUAAAACAAAAUGUGUGCAAGAUGACCCAAAUCCUGAUUGGGAAUUUGAUUUGUUCUGUACAGAUGUGGAUGGAACCAGAGAUUGUCUUGUUGAAAUUUGGGAUGAAGAUACUUUGAGAAAUGAAAAGGUUUGCACUGCCAUACUUUCUCUUGUUGAGCUGAAAUCAUCAGGUUCAUGGCUUGGAAAGCACAUCGUCUUGAAAUGCUUAUCUGGAUUCAAACCAUUCAAGGGAGCUAAAGAGUGCUGUAUUAUCGUAUCAGCAAGUGCUCACAUUUCUUUUGCUGACCUCACUCGCAAAAUCACAUCUCCAAACAAGUAUGUGGAUCCAUCAAAAAAGACUAUUGUCUUCCCAUUCUCACCUCACGGUGACAAUACUCAACUCUAUAUUAAAAUUUCAGCUGGAAAGAGAUUCAAGAUUUCAGUUUUGGACACUUCAGAAUUUAGAACAAGACUUGUCAUGUUUGAAGUUGCUGGAAAGAAUAUCACUUCUCAAAUUAUCAAACUCAAAGAACCAAAGAAAAAGUAUGGAAUUUGCUAUUAUAGAAAGAUUAAGAUGAAGAAGGCAGACAUUAAAUCGUGGACAAGCGUCAAUCUCCUCGUUUCUAAUUGUUCACUGGUUGCAACAAAGGGUUUCUUUAACUCUAAUAGUCAAUUCUACACCAUCAAUCUCUAA